UGUCAGUGUCGUCUUUCACUUCUGCUUGGAUUUGGAGCAAAAACAUUUCAAAUUUUUUAAGCCUAUUUUUAGUUUUUCCCACGUUUUACAUUCAACUACCAGUCAUUUAUUCGAGUUGCAUUUUCCAGUGGUUUAGUGGUAAUCUUAGAGAGUUAUCUGAAUAAGAUGGGUCGUAAAUCGCAUUCAAAACAUCCUAAUAAGAAGAAUCCUGCUAAGGAUAACAGAAAUAAUAUAAUUCGCAAAGAACUUGCAAUUUUGGUAGAUAAAUUAUUGAAAUUAACUAGCGUAUUCCAAGCUGCGACUCAUACAUCUAAGAGUUGGGACCACCACCUAGAAAUCAAUGCCAUUCUAAAAGAAAUAGUGAAUAUUGAAACCCCUUUCAACAGUAAAGCUAAAAGUGGUCCACGUCAAAAGAACAUUGAUGUGUAUUUGAAAUGGUUAAAAGAAAAUGGAGCACAAUUUGAAGGAGUUGAAAUUGGUGAAUAUGAAGAUUACGAGCUGGGAUUGAAAGCUGUUAAUAAUUUUAAGGAAGGCUCCUUACUUCUUACUGUUCCAACCAAUGUCAUGAUGACCGAGCAGAAUGCUCGUGAAUCUAAUCUUGCAGCAUUUAUAAAUGUUGAUCCAUUGUUGCAAAACAUGCCAAAUAUUACACUCGCAUUGUUUCUGCUUUUGGAAAAAAAUAAAGAUGAUUCUGUUUGGAAGCCAUACAUUGAUGUUUUACCUGACAAAUAUUCAACUAUACUCUACUUCACUACAGAUGAGUUAUUGGAGUUAAAGCCUUCACCAGUAUUUGAGUCAGCACUGAAACUUUAUAGAAGCAUUGCAAGGCAGUAUGCAUACUUUUACAACAAAAUGCACACAUUAGACCUACCAGUUUUAGAGAACCUCAAAGAUAUUUUCACAUUCGAGAGCUACAGAUGGGCAGUGUCUACAGUGAUGACGAGGCAAAACAACAUCCAGCUGGGUAAAAGCGAGAUCACAGCAUUUAUACCUCUGUGGGAUAUGUGCAACCACGAACACGGCAAGAUAACCACAGACUUUAACAAUGAGCUGAACAGAGGAGAAUGCUAUGCCCUCCGAGACUUCAAAGCGGGCGAGCAGAUUUUCAUAUUUUACGGCGCGCGCCCCAACGCUGAUCUGUUCUUGCACAACGGGUUUGUAUACCCAAACAACCAACACGAUAGCCUCUCUCUACCUCUCGGAGUGAGCUCCAGCGACCCUCUGCGGGAAACCAAGGUGUCUCUUCUCACGAUGCUUGGGCUCUCUGCUGUUACCCACUACAGCAUUUACAGAGGAGAUUGCCCUAUUAGCCCGGAGUUGUUGGCCUUUAUUAGGAUAUUCAAUAUGAAUCAAGAUGAGCUAACAAAAUGGUCGAGCCAAGGCUUACCAGGCGAUCUGGUCUCUUCAGACAAAUCAUCUUCAGCCGCAGUGGGUGCUGACAUCGACCGCAGAGCCUACACCUACCUGCUCACGAGGUGUAAACUGAUCAAAGCUUCUUAUAAGAAAAUGGAGAAAGAACCGGUUACUUUACAUAGGAAUAAUAUAAAGCUACUAAAAGAAUGCGAAGUACAAAUUCUCGACCGUGCCAUUAAAUAUUUGGAGGGAACAUUACCAACGCUGACCGUCUGCGAUCGACCCACGUGAUUCUACAAAGUAUACAAUGUUUACAUAGGUAUUUUAUUUUCAAAUGAACAAAUCAUGACAGUAUUGUGUUACUUAUGCUAAGACUACUUUGUUUUUUAAUUAUUUUCGCGCAACGAAUUUCUUAGUUGUAUUGUUGUUUUGUUUUAUAAGUUUAUGAAUUCAAUCGAGUGCAAUUUUUGUAUUAAAUAAUGUAGUUUUAUUUA